UUAUUUGGUCGCUCGCUGACAACGGCAUCGGUUGCUCGUCUCGAAUCGCACAUGAAUCGGAGCGGAUCGCAACGGAUCGAAAGCAGUAACCUUUGUCCACUUCGACAUCCUUAUCCUUAGGGACAGACAAAUAUCAAAAGUGCAUCUGCAAUUGCAAUUGCAGCGCACAGAACGCGAACGCGAACGCGAACGGGAACGCGAACGUAAACGCUAAAGCAAAACGCGAAUGCGAGCGCGAAAAUUGUCAACAAAGUCGUAAAACGUAAAACGUAAAACAACAUCAAGGCACAAAAACAAAAGCCAGCAAAGUAAUUAUCAAAUGAUCCAAUCAAACGCAACAUAAGUCCCGUUCCGUGCCGACACUCCCCUCCCCGAGCUACGAAGGAAGCAGCAACAACCAAUUACAGCAACGGCACACAAUUACAGGCCUGGUCGAAGCAGCACACAUUUACAGGCCUGGCAGCAGCACUGCCGUUAACCGUUAACCGUUAACCGAAAGCGAAAGCGGACACACCAUGCAGCAGCCGGAGCGCAGCUAGAGAAGAUCUCAACACAGCAGCGGGAGAGGUGGAGCCAGUGGCAGCUCCAUUAGCAGCGACAGCAACCGAGGAGGCGGAUCUGUAUAGCACAUUGAUUGCCAGAGGCCUUGAUCCGGCACCCGAUACGAGCAGGACUCGCACCAAAAGGAGAAAGGAGAAGCCUUUAGUUUGUUUUAUUGAUAGCUGGGAAAAUGGUGCAUGGACCACCCGCUCGGAGAAAAUCGCAGCAGCAGGAACAGCACCACCAGAAACCAUGUGAAAUGGAUAUGGAGCGUAUGCCCACGCCGCCAGAUGGCGGCUGGGGUUGGGUGGUUGUCUUUGCCUCCUUCAUGAUACACAUUGUCACCGAUGGGAUGACUUAUUCUUUUGGCAUUUUCUAUGAUGAGUUUACGGCGUACUUCAACGAGGGCAAAGGUUACACCGCAUGGAUCGCAUCCAUAAUGGUGGGCGUUACAUUCUCAUCGGGUCCCAUCAGUUCUUCGUUUGUCAAUCGUUAUGGCUGCCGUGCGGUGACCAUUGCCGGCGCCAUACUCGCUGCCAGUUGCAUUAUUGUCAGCAUGUUCGCCCAGAAUGUCCUCACGCUCAUCAUAACAAUUGGCUUUGGCACUGGUCUGGGCUUUGGCCUGAUCUAUCUGCCGGCCAUUGUCAGCGUCACACAAUAUUUUGACACAAAGCGGUCCCUGGCCACGGGCAUUGCCGUGUGUGGCUCCGGCUUUGGCACCUUUCUGUUUGCUCCCUUGACGGAAUAUUUGAUUGGCAGCUUUGGCUGGCGCGGCGCCAUGCUAAUUAUCGGUGGGAUUGUCCUCAAUUGCAUUAUUUUUGGAGCAAUGUUUCGGCCGUUGGAGCUGGAGGCGCCGCCAAGCACACCGAAACUGUGCGCCAAGAAGUCAGCCAUCAUCGAUGGGCACACAACGUCCGCUGAGUUGGAGCCGUUGAAGGAUCAGCAGUACCUGCAGCUGCCACAGCGCACAGAUGUGCCAACAGGUGGCGGCACUACACUGUGUCGCUCGAAUAGCAUGGGUCACAACCUAAAGCCAACUUUGAACAACAAUUUGAAUGGCGCCAUCAAUGGCCAGACGCUGACAGCGCCACCCACACACAACUCCUCCACCACAGUGGUGGUGGUAAAGAGCAACAGCAACGAUGAUAUUGCACGCAAGUGCCACAGCCAGUUGCAGCUAAAUCCGCUCAGAGAUGCACACAGAGAGCGAAGUGCCAGUGGCACAAUGUAUCGCGUGGAUGCGCUCUAUCAGGGCUCGCUGCACAAUCUACCGGAAUAUGGCAGCUCCAGGCAUGACCUCAGUCGCUCCAUGUCCGGCUCGGGUGUGAUCAAGCGUUAUGGCUCACUGCGCCAGAGCAAUCAAGUGGAUGAGACUCAGGACGAUGGCCAGUGCUGCGGCUGCAUCACCUGCUCCAAGGAGACGCGCGACACAUUCUCCGAAAUGAUGAACUUCUCGCUGCUCAAGGACAUCAUCUUUGUGAUCUUCUCGCUGUCGAACUUCUGCACCAGCAUCGGCUUCAACGUGCCCUACCUCUACAUCGGCGCCUACGCCAAGGAGCUGGGCAUCAGCAAGACCAACAGCAGCUACCUCAUAGCCACCAUCGGCGUGGCCAACACCGUGGGACGCAUUGUGCUCGGCUAUGUGUCGGACAAGCCGUGGGUCAAUCGCCUGCUCGUCUACAAUGUGUGCCUCACGGCCUGCGGCAUUGCCACUGCCAUGGUGCCGCUGUGCAAGGACUUCAACUCGCUGGCCGUUUACUGCAUCGUUUUUGGCUUCACAAUUGGCGCCUAUGUGGGCCUCACCUCGGUCAUUCUCGUGGACCUGCUGGGCCUGGACAAGCUGACCAAUGCCUUCGGCCUGCUGCUGCUCUUCCAGGGCAUUGCCAGCUUCAUUGGUCCACCCAUUGGAGGUUGGAUGUACGACCUGAUGCGCUCCUACUCGCCAGCCUUUCUCAUGGCCGGCCUCAUGAUUGCCAUCAGUGGCCUGCUCAUGUUUGCCAUUCCGCCGCUGCAGCGCUUUCAGGCCAGCAAGGCAGACCAGGCCGACCAGGCCGAUCGCAAAGACAAUUCCGAGCACUUAUCCCUAAGCUAG